CUUGCGCGCCGAUGUUCCCAGACCCUGGGAAAGUAGGGAGAGGAGGUAGAUUGUCGGGGCGGAGAUGGCUUGCAGCUGAGAUUGGAGCGUAGCUGAAUGUUCUUGGGGCCCUGCACCCUUCCAAGCCCACCUUGUUCAGGAAGCCCAGCCCUGUGCGCUGGAGGCCGUUAGGUCAUUGAAACCACUCCCUCCCCUAAUGAGGGCCAGUUCAUUGUAGUAAGCCCUUCAUAAAUGCUGUUAAGUUAAAGAUGAACCUCAUUUUAUAAAAGGUCCUUUCCAGUUGGAAAAGUUUCUUAUUCUUCUAAAGCUCAGUUAGCAAGAUGUCAUCUGCUGCCUCUCGGGGUCACAACUGGACACAUUCUCAGUCAGCUGCAGAUGAAAACAGUGAGGACCCUGUGGAUCAGAUGAUCUCACGCACAGGUUGCAUAGCCUUUCACCAUGCUGUGCAGGACUGUAUGGCUGAGCACCAAGACUGGAGGAAGUGCCAGGCCCAAGUUAAGGCCUUCAAAGAGUGCAUGAGCCAGUACCAGAAGCACAGGCUGGAAGAGCUGCAAAGGAGGCAGAAGCAGAUCCCCACUGAUGGCUGAGACACCCAGAAAACUAGCCUGAGGAAGGCUAAACACCCAUCUAACUCAGGAUGACACUUGGGAGCUGGGGAACUAAGAAGAUAUGGAAGAUGCUCCUGGAGAGGAGACAACUCAGAACAGUCAAUUUAGUGCAAAUUUGCCAAUGUGAAUUAAGCAGAUACUGGGUUAGAAUCUACUGCUUAAUCCAGGGUUGGAGGGAAGAGAAAUGAGGAGGGGAAAAUGUGCUAAAGAAACUUCUUUAAGGUCUCCACCCAAGGUUUUGUUCCUGUGCCUAGGACUAUAUUGAUUCUUUGGUAAUUUAAAUGAAAAAUAAAUUCAUGACCUAAAA